UCUUUUAUGACAUAUGAUUUUUAAAUAAUAACUGUAAUUGAGUAACUAUUGCAAAAAUUAAAAGAACCGAAAAUCGAGUUGGUUUUGAAUGGGUUGUUUUGAUUAAUGCUCGCUUCAUUCAUAUCAAAAGAACUCUCAAUUCAGAUACAUUCAAUAAAAAAUAUAAGAAAUAGAAGGCUACUAUUCUAUUUUAAAAAACAAAGAACUGUACUUAAAUAAAAUCUGUGUAUAUUUUAGAUUGGUUUCCUUAUGCUUAAUGACCUCCAAUUAGUCUUGUAUAAUUAAGCUAAAAAUAGAGAGAUCUGAUAGCCUUUGACUUUUGACCCGGGUACCAUGACGCCCGACGCCGCCCCGAGGGUACGACUCUACCACGGAGGUACAUCGACACAGGUACCAGUGCUAGUAGUACUGACCUGCUUGAAGCCCCGGUACAUGACCCUGAUCUCCUGCCUGGUGAACUUGGUCUGCCUGCAGAGGUCUUCGAGGGCGACGGGUCUGUGCUUUGGAAGUCUGCUCGGCUCUAACUCGUACGGAGCCUCCUCGAUCGGCGAGUCCGGCGGCGUGGCCAUCCUCUGCUGCCGCCCGCCGUACUGCCCGGGCCGCCGACUGCAGCGCUCCCAGCGGCCGUCUCCAGCGAAAGGUAUGCGCUACUGCUUGCAGCGGCCGAGGGGGCCCACCUCCCCCCCGCUUGUUUCUUGUUAGGCUUACAAGAAGUUGGACAAGUUAAACAUAU